AUGGUGCGAACGCUGCUCUUGGCGGCGGCGACGUUGCAUGCGGCGCUGGCGUUCCAGGGGAUGACAACGAGCAUGAUGGGAACGAGAUUCUCAGUAGCUCCACGUCGGACCGCGAGGAGAAGCGCUGGACAGCUCAGGAUGGCAGCAUCGGGUGGAGGAAACCCUAGGGUGGUCGUGACGGGGCUGGGGAUCGUAUCGCCCGUGGGAACAGGAAGCGACCAGUUCUUCGAGAGUGUGUUCGCAGACAAGAGGAGCUUUACGUCUCUUCCCUCCUGGGCUGAGGAGUUCCCUUGCAAGGUUGCCGGAGUCGUCAGCGACUUCAAGGCCGAGGAAUGGUACAAGAACAAGAAGGAAGCCAAGAGACAGAGCAGGUACAUGCAGAUGGGUAUCGCUGCCUCCAAGCUCGCCGUCCAGGACGCGAAUCUCAACACAGAAACUGUGGCAGACAAGGACAAGUUCGGCGUGCUCAUCGCCUCCGCCAUCGGCGGCUCCGAGUUCUUCGAGGAGGCAGGGAGCAAGUGGCAGAAGCACACGGAGUACGACCAGUUGCCUUCAGGCGCGGCGUGGGGGGACGGGACGUUCGCAGGAAGGAACAGCAUCUACAAGGGCCCGCUGUUUGUUGACGGGUGCAAGCUGACGUACGAGGGGUUCAAGAAGAUCUCCCCCUUCAUCGUCCCCUCCUUCAUCCUCAAUAGCGCAAGCGGCGUUGCUGCUGUUGAGCUCGGGGCGGAGGGGCCCAACUACUGCAUCGGAGGCUACGGGGGAGAGGCGGCAGGAGGAGCCUUGUCGAUCGCUCAGGCGCGGAGGUUCCUCGUGUCGGGGGAGGCGACGAUCAUGGCGGCAGGAGGAAGUGAGUCCUGCCUGACUGAGUGCAUCGUUGCGGGUUACAACAAGCUCUCCACGCUCGCCAAGGGCUGCAAUGAGGAUCAGACGCAUGCAAACAAUGCAUUCGACAAGGAGAGCAAGGGAUUUCUGCUUUCUGAAGGCAGCGGCGUGCUGCUGAUGGAGGCGGAGGAACACGCGAAGGCUCGUGGAGCAAAGAUGUACUGUGAGGUCGCGGGAGUUGGAAUGGCGCAGGGAGUUGAGAUGGACGAAGAGCUCGGGUUGGGAGGGAUGCCAUCGAGCGAAGCUAUUGCGCAAUCGAUCAAUCUUGCGUUGAAGGAUGCGAAAGUUGAAGCUUCUGCGGUUGACUUUGUUUGCGCUCAUGGCGUUGGCGUCCCUAAAUUCGACAAGGUUAGUGGGGAUGGGGAUGGGGAUGGGGAUGGAAACGACGACGACGACGACGACGAUGAUGAUGAUGAUGAUGAUGAUGAUGAUCGCCUUCGUCAUCUCUUCUGUCAGCAGCAGGGCAUCAACGCGGCUGUCUGCGCUCGAGCUCUUCGUGAUGGCGUCGUUCCUGGCAUGACGAGCCUUAAGCAUGCGGUCGUAGACGGGGUCUCGUUUGUGACGUCGGCCAAGGAGGAGGUCAAGAACCUCGAGGUCGCCUUGAGCGUCAGCGUUGGGCUCGGGGGGACAGCGACGGCGCUGGUCUUCAAGAAGUUGUGA